AUGACCACUUGGAUGGCGCUAUUCGGGCUGGUGUGGCUGUUGCGAGUGCGCGGUUCGCUCUGCGGUUGCGCGGCGUGCAAACGAGCACGCCAGGAGGCAGUGGACGCGCCCGGCGAGCUCACCCCGCGCGCUCCUAGCCCAGACGAACGCGCGCCAUUUGACGUCAUAGCGCUUGAAAACUACACGCGUGACGUCACAGUCCAGACAGACUUCGAUGACGAUGAAAUCGAAAAUCUCGAUAAGAUCGAACUCCAAAUUACAGAAGAGUACUUAAUUUGGUUUUUUUUUGUUGGCUGUAUUUACUCGAAUUUAGGCGCUCCGUUGCUUCCCGUUGUCUGUACGAGAUCUUUUAAAUUACACAACGGAUUUUAAUACGGUUUUCAUCAAUAUACAGAAUAAUAUAAGAGGAAGGUUAAUUUGUAUAAUACAAGAUCAUGCGGGCGAAGCCGCUAUAUAUAUAUUCUUAUGUUGGUUAUUUUGUCUGCAGCUCACGUUAGCAACUACGAUUGCAGCAGGGAACAACUCGUGCAAAGUCCAGAAAGCGGCUCUCGCAUUCCAGGAAAUUAUCAGUACCAAUCAGACUCGGACAGUGAAUCAGUCUGGGAGACAGCUGAGGUGACUUUAGAAAGAGGCGCGAACGGUCUUGGACUUAGCAUAGCUGGAGGCGAGACUGGCGGUGACGUCAGCAUCACGAGAAUCGCCCCAGGUGGAGCUGCGAAAAAGGACGGCCGUUUACAGAUAGGAGAUAUUCUAUUAGAAGUUAACAAUGUACCUGUAGAAGGAGCCCCACAUUCGGCUGCAGUCGAUGCGUUGCAGCAAGCAGGGAAUAUUGUAAGAUUGCGCGUAAGAAGAGCCCGGCGACCAAGGGUGGUCAAAUUAUGGAGAGGCGCGCGUGGCCUCGGGUUAGGCAUAGCGGGUGGGGCGGACGACGCCGCGGGUGGUGGCGGCGUCUUCGUUUCACACAUAGCCGUCGGCGGCGCCGCUCACCACGACGGAAGACUGAGAUUAGGGGACAAGAUAUUAGCUGUUAGAGACGAGGAUGGCAUAGAGACUUCAUUGGUGGGUGCAACACAUGCACAAGCAGUAUCCGCACUAAGAAAUACAGGGGAGCAAGUGACCCUAGUUGUUCUACCGGCUGGUUCAAUACCAACUGUAGCGCGAACUGCACCACUUUACUCAACACGAACGCAGGCCACAUCGUGCUCCACACUACAUGAGCUUUUAGAGGAGGAACCAAAUGAAAUACCAAGGUGCGUCCGCAUGGUUAGGCUUGUGCGUUCAGGAUCUAGAUUAGGCAUGGAUAUAGUAGGGGGACUAGGGGGCGAAGUGGAAGGGGUACAGGGGACAGACGACGAUGCGUGCGGCGUAUUCGUAUCAGGAGUGACAGUGGGUGGUGCGGCGUAUGGCAUGUUACACAGAGGAGACAGGAUACUGAGCGUAGACGGACGUGACCUGACCAGGGCGACCCAUGAACAAGCCGCUGCGGCACUGAAGCAAUACUCAGGUACUGCUGUAACAAUAGCAGCCCAGUAUCAACCCGAGCAGUAUGAGCGACUGCGCGCGCGCAUUCGUGCUAUAAAUGCAGCGGAUAAUAUGUCACCACAUCUACGACACACCACUCACGUUCCGGUACAUACCGACUUACAAGCUAUUUUUCCAAGGUAA